AAAGUGUGAACUCUUUUCUGUUCUUUUAUUCCUUAUCUCUACCAGUUUGAGGGUAACCUCUGGUGUCUGUACUACUGCCUUAUUAUCCUUUUUAUUCUAUAUAUUCCUAUUGUGUGUGUGCAGAUACUAUUCACUGCAUACACCUUCCCUUUAUUGACUGCUCACUUCUAUUAACUUAUUUUUUUACUGCGAAACCUUGUACUUUUGAAACCCUUUUAUAAUUAAUUGCUUCCACGAUGGACUUCACCGCUUAAAUCCCUUGCUCGUACACCCAGUACGAAAUUAGAACCAGACACCAAAUAUUAUUUUUCGCCUUUUUGCCCCCAUUACAGUAGUCGCCCAUCAUGGCCUACCAGACCGCCUUAUUAACCUGCCUCCUACACGGCAAAGUCAACAAGAAAAAACCGAACAAGAAUCGAAAACCGGAAUUACCUCUUUGAACCUCUUGAAUCCCAAUUGAAAUCAAUGUCUAAUAUCAUCGAAUCAAGUGAAUCCAAAACAAUGAACGACGCUAUUUUCCAACAAUUCUAUCAAUCCAUGUGCGCUGAGCCCACUGGCUUUUGGGACGAAUGGCUCCAGGAAGACCCUUUUGUCGAGGCCAGCCUGCAGUCUAGCCCCGAUGAAAUCGCUACGCCUUUGGAUGCGUUCUUGUCCCCGCCUUUUGGUAACAAGGAAAUGGAUCUCUGUGGCCUUCUCACUGCACCCGUUUUUGAAACACCUGCUGCUUCUGUCAAGCCUGAUCCCGCUGUGGUUCCGACUGCACCCGACUUGUUUACCGAUUUGCCUGCCGCUCUUGCUGCUUUGGCCGCUGCUGCCACUGCCACCAAUAGUCCGGUUGCUAACAUCAAUGCCUCCACUACUGCCAGUGCCAAUGCUACCGCCGCGGCGCAAAUCACUCCGAUCCCAAGUUCUCCUGCCCAUCCUACCAGCGCUAUGGUCACUCCCAUGAUGUCGCCUCUUCCUCAGAUGGUUGGUGCCGGUACUCCCUCCAAUGGCUCUUCUCUCAAACGAUCCAGUCCCUGUGCUGAAGACUCCGUGGAUGAAGCCGCCCUCAAACGUCAAAAGAAUACCGAUGCAGCCCGUCGAUCUCGUCUGAAGAAGAUGAUGAAAAUGGAAGCACUGGAAAAGCGUGUGGCUGAGCUGGAACAGGUGAACGCAAGUCUCUUGCUCCGUGUGGCCGUUUUGGAUUCAGAAAAGUCAAACCUCAAGGAGAAGGAAUCAUCUCAUGAGGAUCGUAUCAAGACUCUUGAAGCUCAAUUAGCCGAAGCUCACAAAGCAUUAGCUGGUCGAAAUUUGUAAAAACUCUUAUUUUUUUUUAAUUUCUUUUUGUUUCUUUGUUACCAUUACCAAUUCUACAUAGAAUCAUAUUUUAGUUGUGUCUCCUUUUUUUCCUAGCCAUCAUUUCGUUUUUCACAGAAUUAUUUUCCUCUAUAUAAAAGAUCACUGAAAGAAAUUUAUCACAAACUA